AUGAUGUUCGAUAAGUGGUACAGAUCACUGAAAGUUGACAAAGACUUUGUUCACCUUAGGGAAGUUGUCCUAGAAGAAUUAAAAAAGAGUCUUCCUUUUGGCAUUAAAUCUCACUUAAAUGACCAUAGAGUUACUGAAGUCAGUACAGCAGCCAUAUUAGCUGAUGAAUUUAAGGUCACACAUAAAGAUAGUGGAUAUAGGCCUCCUUUCAAGAAUUAUUGGAAAAAGAAAGGUAAAGGGUCAUUUGAAUCCCACAAUAAACCUGGUGAGGGAAAAUAUGCAAAGAAGGACAAAGACACUAACAAGAAUCAGGCUAGUGGGGGCACAGAAUCAACCAAAAGGUCUGAGAGUCGUAGUUCCCAAAUUUGUGCUCAUUGUCAUAAAUCGGGAUAUUUGAAAGAAUCAUGUCGGAAAUUGGUUAGAAUGCCAACCAAAACUAAGAAAGACAUUGGUUUUGUCAAGCCAACAAGUGUUCCCUCGAUGGAGUUUGUCCCAUCAGAACCUAUUCAAGAGGUUGAGAGUGUUUAUCUAGUAUUUGCUGAUAAAGUCAAGCAGGUUGAUGAAACCUUUAGAAGCUUUUUGUAUGAUGGUGAAGUAUCCCCUUGUUCGGCUGGUGCUGCUGGUAGGUCAGUGGUGAUCAUUAGGGAUACAGGGGCUGCACAGUCCCUGAUGGUGCCAGGGGAUUUGGCUCUUCCUCCGGAGAGUUCAGAGAAUGCAAAAGUCUUAAUUCAAGGUAUCGGCCCAAAUUUCAUGUCGUUUCCUUUGCAUAAGGUCAACUUAAGGUGUGACCUAGUUAGUGGUCCUGUGACUGUUGGUGUCGUUCCAGAAUUACCCAUGGAAGGUGUUGAUUUCUUGUUAGGUAACGACUUGGCUGGAGAUAGAGUUGUUGCAUCUACAGUGGUUUUGGAGAAGGCGGUUGAGGUAGCUGAAACCGAAUUGUUGCAGGAAGAUUUUCCAGGGCUUUUGCCGGAUUGUGUUGUUACUAGGUCUCAGACUCGUAGAGCUGAAAAGAAUGAUGCGGAUUUUGCUGAUGUAGAGGAGGGUACUGAUGUCUGGUUAGCUGAAACCUUUUUCAAGGGUUUGAAUGGGGAAAGUGUUGAAGGCUCUGUUGCUAACAAUGAUAGUUUGUUUAGUAAAUCCUCCCUUGUACAGGCCCAACAGGCAGACCCAGAAUUGAAAAGCUUGUCACAGAAAGCAUGUUCUGAGGCUGAGGCUGAUAAGGUUCCUGAGUGCUUUUAUGUCAAAGAUGACAUAUUGAUGAGGAAGUGGAGGCCUCCCCGGAGACCAGCUGAUGAAGAUUGGUGUAUAAUUCACCAGGUAGUAGUUCCUCCCUGUUACCGCACAGAGAUUCUGAAAAUGGCUCAUGAGUUACCUAUGGCAGGUCAUGUCGGUACUCGGAAGACAGAAGAUAGAAUAAUGAGGCAUAUCUAUUGGCCCAAGAUGCACAAGGAUGUGGUGCAUUUCUGUAAGACAUGUCAUACAUGUCAGAUUAUUGGUAAGGCACAGCCUUCUAUCAAGCCUGCUCUAUUGAUAACCAUUCCUGCAUUUGAUGAACCUUUUACUAGGGUUCUUGUUGAUUGUGUUGGACCCUUACCCAGAACGAGGUCGGGACACAGAUUUCUCCUGACGGUUAUGGACUUGUCUACACGUUUUCCAGAGGCGAUACCCUUGAGGAGUAUCACUGCAAAGACAGUGGUACAGGCGUUAGUGCAGUUUUUCACUCGGUAUGGUCUGCCUAAGGAAAUUCAGUCUGACCAAGGGUCAAAUUUCAUGUCAGGAAUAUUUCAGCAAGUUAUGAAGGAGUUGGGGAUAAAGCAGAUCAAGUCCUCUGCUUAUCACCCACAGUCCCAAGGAGCGUUAGAACGCUAUCAUCAGACCCUGGAGACCAUGAUUAGGGCUUAUUGUGAAGACUAUCCCGAUGACUGGGAUAAAGGGAUCUCAUUCCUACUGUUUGCAACUUGGGAUUCCCCUAAUGAGUCCACGGGAUUCAGUCCAUUUGAAUUGGUCUAUGGUCAUGAGGUUAGGGGCCCCCUAAAGCUUAUCAAAGAGAGGUUUAUGGUUCAGGAUGAUGAUGUAAACCUAUUAGACUAUGUGUCAAAGUUUAGAGAAAGGCUCUCAAAAACUUGUUAUGGGGCUAAGGAACACUUGAAAGUGUCGCAGGGAAAAAUGAAAGCUCAAGCUGACAAAAAUGCAAAAGAGCGAAGUUUCAAGCCUGGAGACAAAGUGUUAGUGUUAUUGCCUUUGCAAGGUGAGCCCUUGAAAGCUAGGUCUAGUGGUCCCUACAUAGUAAAAAAAAAAUUGAAUGAUGCCAACUAUGUGAUCAGUACCCCUGAUCGAAGAAAGUCUCAAAGAGUUUGUCAUGUAAACAUGUUGAAAGAAUACUUUGAGCGAGAGGCUAGUCAGCCAAUAGGUACAACACAGGUCAACGAAGACAAGAAACAUGUAGAUGUACAUGAAGAUGAAUGCUAUGGAAAGACAGAUAAUGAAUUGUCUUAUACAGAUGUAUCUAAGAACGAACCAUGUGGUGUAAAGUUGUCUAACUCAGAGAUGCUAGGAAAUAUGGAUGAGGCAUUAAAACACCUGCCUGAAGAUCAGAGAAAUUAUAUAUCUGGCCUGUUAAGAGAAUAUGAGAAUUUGUGUAAAGACAAACCAGGUCGUACACCUUUAACUGUACAUGAUGUAGAUGUAGGUGAUGUAAAACCUAUCAAACAGAAUCCUUAUAGGCUCAAUCCAAGCAAGUUGGAAAUGGUGAAUAAGGAAAUACAGUUUAUGUUAGAUAAUGACAUAAUCGAACAGAGUCAGAGUAGUUGGAGUUCUCCUAUUGUAAUGGUUCCAAAGCCAGACAGCUCUCAGAGAUUUUGCAUUGAUUACCGAAAGGUAAAUGCAGUAACUAAAACUGACUAG